ACUUCCAAGUUUAUAAACCUACAAGAAGUAGGUCAAGAAUUUCAAGAUCUCUGUCAAUCUCUGUAGAGUCAGUUGGUAUUUUUCUCGUGAUAACCAUAGAUAAAUAAUAUAGUAUGUGAUAACUCUCAAAUAAUUUCCGGUUUACUGAAACUGAAACAGUAAAAACAGUAUCCCGUGUCCCGUAUCCCUAGCAUUACUGCCAACGUUGCCAAUCAUCGUCGCUCGUUGCUCUCGUAUUUUUACAAUUCAUUCUUUUAAAUUUCUCGUAAUCAUUCCGUGACUAAACAAAUUUCACAAAAAUUUAAAAAAUUCCCAUAUGCGAUUUCGAGAUACAACUGUUUAUUAAGUACAUACGUCAGAUGUUAACAUUGUAGUAGAUAGUAUGUGAUAGUGAUAAUAAUUAUUAUAAAAACACUUCUAAUUCAGUGUUAAAGUUCAUUUAAUAUUGUGUUUUGGUGUAUUUUCUACGAAAAAUGGAAGGCGAGAGAAUAAAAAACCUAAAAAAAUUAUUGAGACCAGUUUUUGGAGAAAAUGUUGAGAUAGUAGACAAGACAAUAACAAACCUCACUCUCCCUGGUGAGAAUUACUGGAGUGAUAUGCUCAACUUGCAAAUAAAGACUAGAAACAAAGACACCAAGACUACAAACACCGAAUAUUUUGUCGCUAAAUGUCCUGUCAUUGACGAAAAGUUGCCAAAAGGUAUUGCCGAUGAUAUCUGUCGAGUGUUUAAACCAGAAAUUGCCUUCUAUAAGGAAAUAAUACCGACAAUGCAGAAGUUUUUAAGUGAACAUGGAUUGAAGGAGGUGGAAUUUUUUCCAAAAUUGAUUGCUGCCAGAUACGAUCUUGAUGGUAACGAAGAACCUGACGGGGAUGCUGUCAUGAUUUUGGAAAAUCUUCAAGCUGCAGGAUAUUCCAACGCAGACAGGCACAAAGGAUUCGACCUAGACGGUGCCAAAUUACUGCUGACUGACCUAGCUGUCUUCCACGCAAUUCCUUUAGCAAUCAAACAGAAAGACCCGGAAUUGUUUAAAAAGACAUUUGUCGACAAAGCUUUUAUGCCGAAAUGGGUGGAUAACCCCACAGCUAAAGGUCCUGAUGGUGACCAUGGUCCACCACAGAUACCAAGAACAGUACUGAAACAAAUUCUCACACAAGACAGUUUUUGCAGCCAGCACGUAAAUAAAUUGGAUGGUUUGAUGUGUAUUGAAGAGGAAGGUUUUAAAACUGGAGAUUUGUUUAGGCCUAAACCUAACAAGUCUGCAUUUUCUGGGUUUGUACAUAAAGACAUAUGGUUAAAUAACACCAUGCAGCUGAAGAAUGAAGAUGGAAAGAUAAUAAAAAAUAAAUUUCUGGACUUUCAAAUGUACUCUGUACAAGAGAUCACCGCUGAUCUAAUUUUCUUUCUUAUGAGUAGUGUAGAUAUAGAGGUAUUAGAAGAACAUUUUGAUGAUCUUCUAAUGAUGUACCAUAAACAUUUCAUUAAAACUUUAGAAGCUUUGAACUGUGACGUAGCUCCUUUCAAAUAUGCCGAGUUUUUAAAUAAUCUGAAGCAAACAGCUCCUUCUGAGUUUUUCCACAUAAUUUUAAUGAACAUGUUAGUAAUAUUUGGUAAAAAAGGACAAAAGGCUGACUUCGAAGCGAUCAAAAAUUUAACAAUGGAUGAUAUACAUCCAAUCGCUAGGAGAAAGUUUGUAUUUUUAUUCAAACUGUUGAUUGAAAAAGAAUGGUAUCCGUAACAUAAUUAUUUUAUAUUUUUUCAGUAAAUUUUUUUGUACUAUACCAAAA